GAUUUGUUUCGAUGUGAUUUGCCUUUAAUUCCCCUUUUUUUCCCUUUUUUUUUCCGUAUGCGCGUCCGCUUACAAACGCGCGCCCCUUUCCCCCCCCACACACUCAGUAAUUAACCCCAUUGGGAAUAAUUAAAAAAUGCCAUAGAGCCUGCGCCGCGAAAAACGCGACAGUGCGCCAAGUGACAAUUGGGAAACUCGCCGAUCGUUACUUUGCGCAUAGGGGCGUAUGUGCUAACGUGUGACGAUAUGCCAAGGUGCCUACGUUCACGGUGCAUACGCUUACAGUGCAUACGCUUACAGUGCAUAAGCCUACAGUGCAUACGCUUACAGUGCAUAAGCCUACAGUGCAUACGCACGUCCCUUUUCUCGCAUCCCACUGUUGAUUUUGCCCACAGUGGCAUCUUAACAUCGUGUGCCCCUUCUUAAAAAGAGGACUGCUCAAAUUCGUGCAACUCUUUUGAAGCACUGUUGACCACGUCAGAAAAAUGUCUAGCGAAGAGUAUGACCACCUUUAUAAGAUAAUUUUAGUUGGAGACGCAACUGUGGGCAAAACUCACCUCCUGUCGAGGUACAUACGGGGCUCCUUGCCUAGCGUUGCAAAGGCGACAAUUGGCGUCGAAUUUGCCACCAGAACUAUUCCUUUGGCGGUAGGGGGGACCGUCAAGGCGCAGAUAUGGGACACCGCCGGGCAGGAACGGUACAGAAGCAUUACGAGUGCCCACUACAGAAGAAGCGCAGGAGCCAUACUGGUCUACGACGUGACGAAGAAAAAGACGUUCCUCAGCAUUUCCAAGUGGCUGGAGGAAAUUCGCCAAAAUGCCGACAAGGACAUUGUCAUUAUGUUGGUGGGGAAUAAGGUGGACCUGGUGGAGCACGACGAGAGCAAGCGGAAGGUGACGUACGAACAGGGAGCAAGCUUCGCCAGGGAAAACGACCUUUUCUUCGCAGAAGCCUCUGCAGUUUCCAAGUUGAACGUAAAACAUGUGUUUGAAAAUUUGCUACAAGAAAUAUAUAACAAUCGAAUGAAGAACAACAGCUGCAGCUUCAGCACGAGAAGUAGUGCCACGUGCGAAAGUGCUAUACAGCUAACCAAGGCGAAAAGUAUAAUCAAAUUAAAUGAUUUAAAUGAAAAUGAGAGUGAAGAUGAGCGUAGAACUCGGGCCACGUGCUGCUAA